UUGCAUAUAAAUAGCAGGGCGAGCAAUAGUCUGCUUAGACCCAAACAGCAAAUUUAACCGUCUCAAGGUCAACAUGUGACUGGAAGAAGGAUGCACGUAGCAUCGAAGCGAAACGCGGUAUAAUAUUACGCUCAAACUGCAUGUACUUCUAUCACUGGAUGUUUCAUGUGACCCCGUUAUCCACAGCUGCUACUUUGUCAAACGUGAACGAGUGCGGAAAGCUAGCACAGUGUGCUUGAGGAUGGAGGCUGCAGUUGAUAUAGCAGCGCGGUGGAUAGAGAAGAACGCCACCAUUCUGACAUGUGUGGGGAUAGCGGUACUUGUCCUCCUUGUCAGCACCCUGUACCUCAUCUGUCGGAGGGACGGAGAAAGACGCUCGCCCCCGGGACCAACACGAUGGCCCCUCCUUGGUUCCUACCUCAACAUGGCGUUGUUAGGGCGAGAGAAUACUCAUCGCUUCUUUCCGAUGGUGCACAAGACGUACGGCCAGGUUGCCAGGGUAUAUUUUGGACACUAUACUAUGAUUCUUGUGUCGGGAUAUGAUGCUAUACAUGAGGCGUUUGUAAAACAGGAAGAAAACACCAUCGACAGACCUAGCGUUCUCCCGGGAAUUAAGGCCAUUAAACGCCUGGGUAAAGGAGUUCUAUUCGCCAGUGGUGAGGACUGGGUGGAUCCAGGCAAACUGUUGCGAUCAGGCCUUGCUACCAUCCUGAGGAGUGUGGAAUACGAACAAAUCUUAACCGAGGAAGUCCAAAUGCUUAUUGAUGACUUCUCCAAGGAAGGAAAGAUCAGUUUCAAGCCAGGGGGAAGCAUUGACAUGGCAGUCUUGUCGUGUCGAUAUGCCGCCAUUACGGGAAAGAGGCUGACCCACACUGACCCUAAGCUUGAGAAGGUCCUGGAAUAUCUAGAUGACAUUUCAGAGUAUGGAGGGACACUCUCCCCUGUGGCAAUGGUACCUCUUCUGAAGUACCUUCCGUUCACUGGCAAGGCAUAUCGAAAUUUAAUAGGAGCAUACCACGGUCUACAUGCCAUGUUGAUGGGAGAGCUCGAAGACAGAAAACCAACUUAUGAUGGGGGCCGUCCAAAAUCUGUGAUUGACUUCUUCCUCAAGGAACAAAGAAACAAUCCUGACUCAACACUAUAUUCGGAUGGAAACAUUGCUGUGGGUCUUGAGGAGUGUUUCACCGCAGGUGGACCUCCCAUAGGGUGGACACUCGGGUGGGCUGUGAUUCACAUUACGGGACAUCCCAGCGUGCGAACAACGUGCCAAGAAGAGAUCGACAAGGUAUGUGGCAAAUCCCGUCAAGUCAGAUUUUCGGACAUCGAUUAUCUGCCCAAUGUGCGUGCUGCAUUGUAUGAAACUCAGCGUCUGGUGACUGUAGUUCCCAUCUCUGCACCUCAUCUCACUAGGGGGGAUAUGACCCUGAAUGGUUUCCAUAUUCCAGGACAGACAAUCAUCGCUACCCAUAUUAGAUCGGCCCACAUGGACGAGACCCAGUGGAAAAACCCGCAAGACUUUGAUCCUUCGCGGUUCCUAGAUGGCGGCAUGGUCAAAAUUCCUCCCGCAUUUAUGCCAUUUGGAAUAGGACCGAGGAAGUGCGCCGGCUCAGCUAUUGCUGAAAGGGAAGUCGUGAUGAUGUUCGCAAGUCUUCUCAAGGAAUUUACAUUUUCCUGCGAAAAUACCAUGGUCUAUGACGGGAUAGGUACAGUGGCUGGCGUCCGUCCGCCCGAAAACAACAUCACUGUGCGUAAGAGAGCCUAGAGGCCACAUUGCCAAUGAGAAGACCAACAAUAUACCCUAUCCAAGGGGACACGUACACAGGGCGAUGCAUUUUCCCGAGGCGGGGGCUUUAACUGACUAUAAAGUCCAGUUUCCACCCUUGCCGAACUAGGCUGGAAUUUCCAGGCUCGAUCGUAGCGCCACCAGUGGCUAUUACGAGUUUAUGUCCCUUCUAUGUCUCCCCUAUUGUCCAAUCAGGUUCCACUUCUCAUAUCACUUCCAUUUGCUUCAAACAAAAUGGCGGCACCCAGUCUAAACGAUCUGAUCGAUAAUCAACACCUAUGUUGUAAUAAAACGGGCCUUACCCCGCAAAGUGCAUCAAAUCACUUGAGCACAUUGAUGUAAAAAACAGGAAAAGAUUUGCAAAAAAUAUCUGUCGACGCCCAGUUAGCGGUACACAUGCGUUGCCAAGCCUGCAGUCGACCGAAAUCUGCACAUUGCAAUCCGUGUUGGUUACAAACCGGAUGUCCAGUUCGUUACGCGAUUUUGAUUUCACUAUGCAUAGACUCGUUAAUCCAGCCAAAAUGUAGCUCGGGAAUUCCAUCCUAGUUCGGCAAGGAUUGGAACUGUUCUUUUGUAGUCAGUUAACUAUCUUGCCUCGGGAUAUUGAGGGCGAUGUGGCACAGUCUUGUAUUGUAGCAGUGAGUGAGUAUGAUUUUACGCCGCUUUUAGCAAUAUUCCAGCAAUAUCACGACGGGGGACACCAGAAAUGGGCUUCACACAUUGUACCCAUGUCGGGAAUCGAACCCGGGUCUUCGACGUGACGAGCGAACGCUUUAACCACUAGGCUACCCGACCGCCCUGUAUUGUAGCAAUCAAGCAAUCAUUUUUGUAGCAAUCUCUUCAUGACAACCUUUGUCUGAAAUAUGCAAGUCGGAAAUAUGGAAACCGCACCACAAAGCGAUCUUAAUGCUAAACUUGAUUCCUAAACAUAGAACAAUCGUAUGUGGAGCAGUAAGAUCGGUUUGUGAAGCGGUGCCCUGGUCUGAAGGUGGGUAUGCUUCACUGAUUACAAUGUUAAAGUGUAAUAACUAUGCUUCAAUGAAUAUAUUGUUAAAGUGUAUGCUUCACUGAUUAUAUUGUUAAAGUGUAUGCUUCACUGAUUACAUUGUUAAAGUGUAUGCUUCAUUGAUUACAUUGUUAAAGUGUAUGCUUCAUUGGUUAUAUUGUUAAAGUGUGUGCUUCAUUGAUUAUAUUGUUAAAGUGUACGCUUCACUAAUUAUGUGGUUAUAGAGUAUGUGUUAGUGUGAACAGCAUCAUGCCGUGUCAUUCAGUGUCAUACAGUGUAAAGUGUGCAUGGGAAAUGUCGUCCUGUAGUGUCUUUGGAAAUAAAUAAUAUAUUUAGCUUCCACACA